GCGGGACUGCUAAAAUCUAAUUUUAAUAGUAAUGUCACAGUAGACAUCUGUAAUGUGUAAUUAUAAUAAAGCUUCUUCGUUAUUUCAAAUACAAGUAUUGUGCAAUGUUUUCAAAAUACAAAAUUAUAAAACUUGCAAAUUGUUUGUGAACUACUAGUUGAAUGACUCUAUUCUUUAUAUAGUGGCUUUUGUGGAAAGGUCACCACAACUGAGCCAAUGUCAGGUUGAGGUAGGCUACCAAGUAAUGACUAAAGUAGAGGGAAUCCACACUGCUACUCCAACAGGACUUGGGGACUUUAGAUGCAUCAGUAAAAAUCAAAUGCCAAUUGUGGAAAUUUGAGUGCAUAAUGUUGGACAAGGAUUUAUUUGCUUCUAUUGUGUUCUUAUCAAUAUCCAAAUCUAAAAUUAUGGAGGGCUGAAAGGUUAGUGCAUCAAAGGGCAUUGAAAAUAAAGGUAAUUUGAAAGUUUGAAAGAGACUAUUAGGUUGGAUGUAGGUAAGACAGUAGUAGGUAACUAUAAAGUAAAGUAGGACUGUUCUCAUUAGAUACAUUGGUACUAUGUAGAGUGGCAAGUAGCUACGGUUUUUGAAGCAAGAGAUGUUCUCGAAAUUCAGAUAUUUUAAAAAGUAAUUUAUUAGCAAGGAACUGAUGACGGUGUGAUAGAGGUGGUUCCACACACUCAACUUGCAUGGCAUUGAUAGGACUGGACUUCAUUGCACCUAAGAUUAUGCGUAAACAUUUUGACUGAAUCUUAUCUAAUUUCCGUAGACCUGAUUUGUUACCCGGGACCAAGAGGAAGGAUCCAUAAUCAAUAUGGCUCCUUAUGAUAGCAUUGUAGAAAAGUUUUUGGGUGAUAGGAUACACCAGAUAGAGAACGAAGGAUGUUAAUGUUCUUCUCACACUUUUGGGGUCAUAUUCUGUGUAGUUAAUGCCUGUUAAUUUGUUGUCCAACCAGACACCCAAAACCUUGACUUUAGUACUCCACUGGUAUAACCUCAUUGUAUAUUUUGAUGCUUAUGGAAGGCCUGAGUCUUUUGUUAGAGAAAAGAUCAACUCUACUUUUGGAAACAGAUAGUAGCUGUACAAAACAAUUUCGUGUGCAUACUGCAAUAUUUGACAGAAGGAGCACACUGUUCUAUAAAGGUCAUGAGAAUAUAAGUUGUAUAGAAGAGGUCUAAGAACUGAACCUUCAGCUUUGCAAUGUCGAGGUAUAAGCAACCAGAAUCUCUGGAGUCCCUAGCCUUGAGUGAGUUGGGACACUGGCUGGCGCUACAAGCUGAAAACCUAAUGGCGCCAACUACUCUACUCACGCAGCACAGUCCAAGUGAAGCCCAAAAAGUUUUGUCUCACAAAGUUGAAAGCAUCCGAAUAUAUUUAGACUUUCAUGUACCUUGGACGCUUCAAGACAAAUUUGUUGAUAGAGCUCUGAAGUCACUAUCGGAACUAUUAGAGAAGACUAAAAAGUCAAUGGGCUUUAGAGGUUCGAUGAGCACAUUCGUAAGUCAAAUGAACGUGGUUGUUAAAAUGACGGAAGCUCUAUUCACAAAGAAUUUCACCUACGUGUCUAUUGAUGCGAUCCCCAAGAUGAUGCGUUCAGUGUUUUACUCAAAAAUGCACAUGCUGACAGGCCUUGUUUAUUUAAAUUUAGGUUCAUUAUCUGGUGGAUGGAAGACCGCAGAUAUGGAAACGUCUAUAAUACAAUGCCUUAAGGAAUUACAUCUCUUAAAAUAUCUAUUCAUAAACUACGAUUGCACUGAUAACAUUCUUAAAUGUAUAGUAGAUAAUUGCAAACUAAUAAUGAAACUAGAUGUUUCGUGUUCCAAAUGUGUAACCAAUGAGAGCAUCGUUAUUAUUUGCAAAUUAAGAAGUCUAAGGAGCAUCCAGUUAUACCAUACCUUUGUUACGUGGGAAGGCUUUGUCAAUUUACUUGUUAAUAGUAAAAACUUGGAAGAUAUUGGCAGGUGUGAUGAGAUCGGAACAGUUUUAGAAUUUAUCAGCUUCAACUGUCCCGAGGAUAUACCUUUAAAACUUAGGGUUUUCGUUAGCCGGUAUGCAAAAUAUAAGCAUCUUAAACUUGCUAUAGAGUUAUGUCCUUAUAUUCGUAAUAUGACAGUUUUCCAUAAUACAUUACAGAGUGAUCUAAUGGUUCUCAUAGGCUUAAAGGAUUUAUGUGAAUUGAAACUUUUGUCAUGUGAUUUCUACGCAGACCAAGUGAAACAAGUCUUGGAAGUAAAGGGAUGCAAUCUAUCGUAUUUACACCUGGAGCAUGUCGACCAGUUAGACUUGAAUGCAUUAAUGUAUAUCAGUCAAAUGUGUCCUCUACUAGAAACCCUAACAUUUUACAAUUGUUCCCUCAUUCAACAUACAUCGCUUUACACGAAAAAGUUGGAGAUAUUACCAUUUAGAAAUCUUAAGAAAUUAACAUGCGUUUCUGCAUUCACUGACGAACAAUUGCUAUUUUUACUAACGAAUUGUGUAAAUGUAACUUUCAUUCAGACCGGGACUGCUAUUCAAUUCACUGAUCAGUUCAUAGAAAAACUUUUGGAUAUCAAUCCGCUUAUAUAUCUUAAAGAAUUGCGCAUAAUGCAAUCCGACUUCUUAACUAUAGCUGCGAUAGAGAAAAUUAUCCAAAGUUGCAUAAGUCUAGAGAUUCUAGUUGAGCUAGAGAGCUGGUCUUCCAUAUCUGAAACUGAUAGAGAAUACAUAAGGAAUUAUAUCAAAAUAAAUAACUUUAAUAUUGACACUUCACCAAUAAGACGAUAUGAUUAUGAAUUGUGAUGUUUUUAUAGUAGCUAGGUAUAAGUUGGUAUAGGCAAACAGUAGGAUAUACCCUAUUAACCAAUUUAUUUGCAUUUUAUUAGUACAAACAUGAAUCUGCUAUUGAUAGAUGGGUGAGUUUUCACCCAGUAGCAUCUCAACACGUACAUAGUACAUAAUAUACUAUAUUACCUAUAUAUUUACGCUUAUUUACGAAUUUGGAAUUUUUUAUAAAAUCAAUCUGUUAAUUGCAACAUCUUAGAAAGUUAAUAAAUACCCCCAUCAACCGAAUAGUACCCAUACCUAAGGCCCAAAUUAAAGAUGAAAAUCACCCACAAAAUCGAAAAAGGGUAAAGGAAGGAAGCCAAAUAAAUAGGUCAUGCUUUUGUGGCUUACCCGCCAGUGUGCAUGAGCAUGGCGGAAUAAUAGGUAAGCACAGAUUCAUCGGCAUUGCUUCCGGAAGCUUACAGCUAGGUACUGUUUUUUGUGAGAAGACAAAUUGACAUGUACAGUGGCCCAACCAACGCUCUACGUACGGAAUAUGACAUAAAACUAAAGAACUUAUUAAACCUACAUCAAAAAUUGUUAUCAUUAUUACGCACUAUUUCCUUUCAAACAAUUCCGUUCCAGAUAUUAUGAUAUAAGUAAUGAUAAGGCCCCUGUAGUUAUCCCGGAGGGGUAGACACUGAUGUUUAUUAAUCUUGAUUUUAGUACUUUCUUGGGUUCUUCCUGGUCUUUGUAGUUAAAUUGUGAUUUUACGAAAUAGCUGUUAAGUAUUUGUUAAGGUUUUUCUACUUUAUGAAUAUAGCUGGUAACCUACUUUAUUUUGGUAGGUAAAAAUUAAAAUGUUAUCUAAUUUAUUUAAAUUUUCUUUAGUGAGAUUGGUAAAUAUUUAUAAACCACAGAUAUGUGAUCAAAUGUUAUUUAAAAAUAAAUAUGUAUUAUCAUA